AACAGAACCUUUGUUUAAUGUUUUACUCAAUCAAAACAAGUUUUAAAGAUUUCGAGCGAAAUGGAGGAAAUUUACAAGCCAAAAAAUACAAAGAUAAUUUCGGUCAAAGAUGCUCUUCUCGAGUAUCAGUCGGAGUUGCUUCCAGCGGGAUUAACGACUGUUCCUACCUCCGAGGGAGAUAUUGCCGCUGCCAUGAGUUUCAAUGGUUCCGAGCACCAGUUCAACGAUCUCCUACAAUCCGUUGAUUUGGACCGGAAUUUGUCCAAUAUCAAGGACUUCCGGAUCACGAACUUCCAUCCGGCUAGGCUGCAGAACGUCAUGAAACCGGUUGAAAUUACGGAGAAAGCCCUGCGGUUCAACUGCGUACAAAACGCGAUCAAAAUAACGGGCCGUCUGCGGAAGAAUCUGGACUGUCGGAUUCGUUACAACAAGCACAAAUACACGUUUAUUCCGCGGCGGGAAGAAACGGACCUGUACCCGUUCAGCGAGAUGGUGCUGGAGAUCCGGUUCUACGAACCGUUCAAAUACAAGACGGGCGUCCGGCUCGGUCAUCCCAAGUUUCAUCAGGAAUUUUACGUGCUCGGUUCGCAGACCCUGACGGAACUGCGGGACAAAAUCUACUGCCAGUGCGAUUUGGGUCCGUUUUACGACAUCAGUGCCAAUCCACACGCGGCGGAAGCGGUGGAACCCAAGUCGGCGGACGCAGCCGAUCCGGGCUUUUUCUUCAUCCACGACACUUUCUACAACGACAUGCGGAAGCCCGCCAACAUGGACUACUCGGAAGUGAUCCAGACGUGGGCCAAGCGACAGAAGAGCAUCGGCGAGUUGAAAACCAAACUUAUGGAAGAGGCCAAGUUUGAGGAUUUGCAGUUCCGGCUGGGCUAUCCGCAGGUUUACCAACAUCACGGAAACUGCGAGCACAUUUUCGUCAUUUCCAACUGCCGGCUGCUGGCGAGCAGCGAUUUGCUGGUCCGCCGGCGGUACCCCAUCCUGAACUCGUACGCGUUCCCUCGCUCCAUUCCGUGCAACAUCUGUGGCCACUGCGAGGCCAAUUUCAUCGUCAAAAAUAGUGAUCAGCACAUCUUUGAUCCGGCCUACGUUUGCCAGGUUUGCUACGAGUCGUACCACUACCGGGACGGAGUCAAAAUCGGACAGUUCGAGGCCUUCCGGUUUCUGGGCACGAAAAUUGCCGUCAAGGACGACGACGUAGAAAUGGACGUGCGGUUGUAGAGUUUAGUAGACAAUGUUCUUUUUAUUCCAGUACUUAAUCAAUAAAAGCAAAUACAAUCACAA